AUGGAGUGGAGUAAAUCUAUAACAACAGAUUUCAUCGAGUUGUACCAAUCCAAACCAUGUUUAUGGAAAAUAAGCUCUGUUGAGUAUAAGAACAAAAAUUUAAAGUCUGUUGCUUAUAAUGAACUUAUGGCAUUUCUCAAAUCUAAAGGAUUGGCUAGUGCUUCUGUAAAAGAAGUGAAAUGUAAAAUUCAAAAUAUCAGGAGAAUGGUUAGAAAGGAAAGAUCAAAAGUAGAAGCAUCUAGGAGAAGUGGAAAAGGUACAGAUGACCUGUAUACUCCAACAUUGUGGUAUUAUGAUCUCUUAUCCUUUGCAAAUGAUAUGGACCCACUUCCAUCAAUUGAUAACCUAGGAGGUACUAGUGAUUGUAAUAACGAAAUAGAUGAAGAAAAUGACUGUAACAAUUUAGAUUUGACUGAAAAUAAUUCACAAUAUUGUGAACAAGAUGUUGACAGUGACAUAUCCAAUACAAAUGUUGGUCAAAAUCAUCCCGAUGAAUCAACUGAACAGUUUGAUAAUUUUGAAAAACUUCUGGUGAACCAAGAUAUUAUAGAACCUGUUGAAAAAGAAAAAAAAUCAAUUAUUAACAAAUUAAUGAUGGGUGUCGGUUUAAUGAAAUCUAAUGAUUAUUCAAUGGACGAUUGCACUGAUAUACAGAAGAAAGUUGAUUCACUUCUGAAUACCAUUCAAAGAAAAAAAAGGAAACUAAUACAGUAG